AUGGCCCCGGAUUACGAGUGCCCCUCGAUCCUGGAAUACAAAGUACAGGCUGGAAACGGCUCCUUGUACAACACGCCCCCGUGCUUCAGCAUCUACGUCAUGGGCUUGGUCCUGGAGUGGAUUAAGAACAAUGGCGGUGCAGCAGCCAUGGAGAAGCUCAGUGCCAUCAAAUCGCAGAUGAUUUAUGAUAUUAUUGAUAAUUCUCAAGGAUUCUAUGUAUGUCCAGUGGAGCCCAAGUAUAGAAGCAAGAUGAAUAUUCCAUUCCGCAUUGGCAAUGCCAAAGGAGACGAUGCUUUAGAAAAAAGAUUUCUCGAUAAAGCUCUUGAACUCAAUAUGAUCUCCUUGAAAGGACAUAGGUCUGUGGGAGGCAUCCGGGCCUCUCUGUAUAAUGCUGUCACGAUUGAGGAUGUUCAAAAGCUGGCGGCCUUCAUGAAGAACUUUCUGGAGAUGCAUCAGCUAUGAACCCAUCUUGACCAAUAUAUACUCUGCUCUUGAACAGUGUAUAAAAUCUAAAGUAACUUGGGAAUGAGGGUAGAAACCUAGCAAACACGGUAUUUUUCUCGAGUGAACAUGCUUAUUACAGAUCUCAGUUUUUUUUUUAAAGAACGACAGCAAAACAUCCACAGCUCUGCAAAGCUGGUGGGUCUUAACGGCCCCCACCUUAAUUCUGAUGUGAACUGGAAGCAUUUAAAAAAAAAAAAAAUCUCCCUUUAGCUUUUCUAGCGAAUUCCGACUAACUUUGUCUUUGCUGCCACUUUUUCUAGCUAGAUCUCAGUAUUCAAACCUGCCUGUGGACUUAAUUGUGCAAAUUGAAGUUACUGAUUUCUGGAGACACUCAGACAUGGCACGGAGGCUGGGUGGGGACCGGGAUUCAACAGGUGCUGAAUCUUGAUCCUUUACAAAAUGACAUGGUGGAGUCUCCUGGGUUCUGCACCUGGUAAUUCAGGUCCACACUGCCUGUGUGGUGAUGUUUAGGGGUUCCAGGCUCAAGGGCAAGCUGGGGUAUCUUUCUUUAUCCUGUUACUCUCAUUAAAGAGAUAAAAGUGACAUACUA